AUGUCACAUGCUUGGUUUUGCGACCGCCUAGAAAUGAACGACGUGAUCGAUCCUGGUCGUUACCUCGAUGAAAUACGCCAGUCCAGCAUCAGCGUAUGCUUCAGGCGCGACGAGGUUAGAUGCAACCCGCGGAGAUGUGUUUACGGCUGUAAGGUUCACUUGCCCCAUUUCGAGAUGCAGAAGUCGACGAAGGGGAAGGGCAAGGGCAAGGACGGCAAGGAUUGGCACAAGUCCUACGAAUGGGAGGACUGGAAGAAGCCCUACAGGGAGCCUUUUGAAGGUUCCCGCCAUCACCAGGACACGGAGGCUCGGUGGGAAGACCACAGAGGCGAGCGCCGUGGCGAAGAUCGUCGCGAUUGGAACGGCCGCGAUUGGAACGCGGAGGAGGUUGAGUCCGAGCACGCGGGCGAGUACGGGAGUCGCAGACGGGUGCGCAAGCUGGACACGCAGCGGCUCAAUCUGACCGACGACAUGUCGAGGCGAGAUAUGCUAGAUCCUGGACCAUACGAGGAGGGCAAGGGCAGGGCCGACGACUGGGAGGCCCACGGCGGACCUCGCCGACGGGACGAGCGCUGGGCCUCCGACCACCUGGGCGUCGAGCUCGCGCCUCGCUUCCUCGCGGGCGCCCUUCGGCGCUGCUUCGCUCCUCUGCGCGUUCGGGUGCCUGCGUAA